CUGCUCUAAGAGGAUGCAAAACCCCUGACCCUUUGUCUGGACAGUGCUGAUUUGGCCCUGUGCUGACCAAGAAAAAAAAAAAAAAACCUCUCUAGCAAUACACACCAAACUGAGCAUGUGCACAUGGCUACGGGUUCAGUCUGUCUUAUCAGGAGAUAAGACGGGUAAAGAAAAGAGGAUCAAACAGCCUUUUUGCACAAUGCAAAGGAUUAACACCUUAGGGUUCCCCAGUGAGUAUAAAAAGCAUACUUUACUGCAUAUACAGACUGAUUUUACUGUUGUGGAUUUA